UCUUUAAAAUCGCUUACCCCACAUCUGAUUCACUAUUGAUUUUCUACAAUAACAAAGAAAGUGGCAAAUCUGGGAAAAUAACGCAAUUUGGGAUAUUCAAAAAUAUAUCAAUUCUAAAAAUCGGAAUGACGAAAUUCACCCUUGUACUGGGGAUGCUGUUGACCCUGGGAAACGUAAUCCACGCCAGCGAUAUAACGGAUAAAGUUUUCGCAGAUAUCAAAGAGGGCAUUGUAGCUGCUUUCGGGGAUUUCAAUUCCGACGAACUAACCGAUGUUUUUGUAAUUCGCGAUGAUAUGAAAACGUUGCAGAUACUGUUUGGACACUACACUGAGCCGCUGCUACGACUUGGACCCUAUUGCCAGUACGGAGAUAAGACUAUAGUAAGUGUAAUUCCCGGAGAUUUCGAUGGCGACGCCCUUAUGGACGUGUUAGUUAAUCUAAAAAGCAGCGAAAAGAAUACCUACGAGGUGCACAUAAACUGGGGAAACACCACCGAGCUGAAUUGCUCUAACAAGCCACUCUUCACCAGCAAAGGAGAGGUGAUGGCUUUAGAUUUCAAUCGCGAUAUGAUCAUCGACUUGUACGGUUUAAACUCUAUGGACAAACGCUCAUUCUGGAUAUUCAACAGUAGUAGACUUCCUCCAGAGGUGGUCCAUCAGGCAGAGCCCACCGAAAUCAAGGGCACCUCGUUGAGCAUACCCAAUGCAAAUGCCUAUUUGGAUUUAAAUGGCGACUUCCUGGCGGAUCUUUUUCUUCAGACAGAGAAUUCUUAUGAAAUAUGGUACGGCAUCAAUGAGCAAGACAAGCAGGAGAAUUUCAGCUACCAGGACCAGAUCAAGUUCCAGCCCAUCGGAGGCAACGACUACCAUAUUGGCCAGGCCGUAUUCAUGGACUUUGAACUUACAGGCGUUCAGAACAUUGUGGUGCCCUUUUGCAUCCUUUCAAACUGCCGAAACUCCUCGAUCAUGGUGCACGAUGGAACCGAUUUCCGAAAUCUUCAUGUAAACUUUCGCGAUCCACAAGGCAUCACCUGGGCCUUUGUGCCACCUAAACCCGAUGAUGUGUACUUGCGGACCAUUACCGCGAGGAGUGGAGACUUUAACCUGGAUGGCUAUCCCGAUCUUCUGGUUACGCUGCAGCCGUUAAAUGUCGGCAAGCCAGUAAUGCAGACGUUCCUGCUAGAGAACGUGCCUUGCACAACGUGCAACAAGCCACUAAAGCGUACAUUCGAGGUCCGCUGGAGCGCCCUUUCGCCGAUGGGCAACAAUACAGUAGCUGGUGCCUUCUACGAUUUCUACCAGGACGGUGUGCUCGAUGUGAUCCUUAUCCGGAAGGAUGGAAAGGGCAAAUACCAGCCUCUAGCCUUUUUGAAUACUCUUGACUAUGAUGCGAACUUUGUAAAGGUGAUUGUUCUGACAGGUUUGGACAACAAGCUGAAUCCGGAACGACGUACUCCUUUGGGAAGAAAGAAGCGCACUUACGGAACUAACUUGCCGGGACCCCGCAUCACUUACACCACUACCACUCAAGAUGGGGAUCAACAGUGCGGCAGUAGUGUGCAACUGCCGCAGGCCUCUUAUUUUGCUUUGCAACUCCCAUACACGUGUUUUGGUUUGGGCAGAACGCCCAAUUUCGUCGAUCAAUUGACCGUAGGACUUGGCAGCAAGUUACGUAACUGGACGCAGCUCAUACCCAACUCACAAAUAAUUGUGGUGCCAAAACCGUUAAACGAACCUUCGCACUGGAAGGCCCAGCUUUUCGUUACACCAAGCAAAUUGAUUCUAAUGAGCGUGGUGGCCCUAGGUGGAACUUGCCUGGUCAUCGUCUUUAUUAUCCUCGUGCUUUACAUCAAGGAAAAGCGCGAAGAUAAACAAGAGCGCCUGCAAGAGUCGCACAGAUUCCAUUUUGAUGCGAUGUAACUUCGCAAAUUAAAUGUAAAUUAAGUAACCAUUUUGUUUCAACCAAGGGA